UCAACCGAAACGAUAUCUUUAUCUGCCAUCACCCAAAAGUGUACUAAUACUUUGCCAAAAUAUUUUUCGUUCCAAUUUUGACUAACGAUGAUCAGAAUUGUGUUGGUCCUUUUUUGUGCCACCCUUGCCCUUUCCAACACCAACAGGUGCGGUCCCAACGAAAUUUACGACUUCUGCGGAACGUACUGUCCACCUACUUGUCAAAUUCCGCAACCCGGAGAUUGUCCAGAGGUCUGCGUUAGCGGGUGUUUUUGCCAAGAGGGCUACAUUCGAGAAAAUUUACAAGGAAAGUGUAUACCAGUUGAAGACUGCCAAGGUGCUUGCAGAAAAAACGAAGAAUAUGACUCUUGCGGCACCAAGUGCCCCCCAACCUGUCUAGCUCCCACGCCCGGCUGCGACAAAAACUGCUCCCAAGGAUGUUUCUGCACAGAAGGCUACAUUCUGCAAGAUAAAUCACAAGAAUGCAUCAAGAUAGAAGAGUGUCCCAAAACGAUUAGCACUUAAUACGAUAAAGUGAAAAUUUAUGCCGGCCGUGUAGACGAAAAUCGUGAUAUAUAUCACGGAACAUUUUGUUAUUAUACAUGGGAUAAAACCCAUGAAAUAAAAAUUCCAUCCAUGUUCA